AUGCCUGAGAUGAUACACAAGAAACUCUCUCUAUACGCUGAGUUCUCCGAAUUUUCCAGGAAACAAAUCAGAUUCUUCAAUGAGACCUUCAAAAAAUAUGAUGAAGAUGGUGAUGGGUUUAUUGAUUUCGACGAGUUAAAAAGAAUGAUGGAGAAGCUUGGUGAAGCACAAACUCACAUCGCUUUAAAGGAAAUCAUAAGAAAGGUUGAUGAGGAUCAAGACAACAAGAUCUCGUUACGAGAAUUCUUCCUUAUCUUCCGCUUAUCUGCUCAAAAUCAACUCGGAUGCUCAGAGGUGUUUCAAACUCUAGCCGACAGUGUUGAUGUAUCCAAAGAAGGUGUUCUCGGUGCUGCAAGCUUCUUCCAAGCAAAG